UCGAGAUGCAGCAUUUUUUAUGUUUACAUUUGACAUAAAAAUGUGUGUGUUUGGAUCUAAUAAACGUAUUUUGAAAAAGUUGUUAUAGUCAUACAUUGAUAACUUAAUUAAUUAACCAAGAUCACAUGGCUAUUUCUGAGUUUUUUCUAAUUAGUUACAUCAAGUUAGUUUAUGACAUUAUGAGAAAGCCCAAGAUGUCCUCUUAUUUUAAGAUGAAUGACCAAAAUGUUUGUACUAUGUAAAGUAGUUUUUACAUAAAAUGGUAUGACCUCCAAUAUUUACACACAAAAUACUACUGAUGUAUUGUACUGUUGUUCAUAAGAGUCUGGAAGCCUAACCCCUCCAAUAGUCAGGUAGUCCCCAGUAGUAUCCCUUAAUCCCAGUUAAUAAACAAUACUGGAGCUAAACCAUGCUGGUACUAGACCAAGGUUCGUUACAGAGGUAUAUGACAUGAAAGUAUUCUUAUUAGAAUAGAGAUAUGAUUUACACAUUAAGGGACUGAAUCGUUGGUUACAUUGCAGUGGGUGAGAGAAGUGCAUCCAAGUAUUUGACAAUAGUAAAAAAUACAGGUAUGGUUGAAAUGAAGCUGAAAGGUGUGAUCAUGACCUGAUCAGAGCAUCCCUCCAACAAUCACAUUUGUUGAAUUCUAACUAAAGAAUCAGACUAUUUUGCCCAAUGUACAAUAGAUAAAGAUUGUUUUUAGAGAGAGAGUAGAGUAGUAAAAAAGUAGUUAAAGCAACGCAUAGAAAUAAGAAUUAACUGAGGUUUUGUCACUUUGAGGGGGAUCGGCCGAGCUCCAAGAAGCCUGGUUUAGACCCGGAUUCAUUAGCCACAUCCAGAGUCUUCUGCCUGGAUCACUCACUCUCAUUCGCUUACUUAAUUUCUCCAUUCUUUCAAGUAAAACUAAAACACACAUCCAGUUAGUUUUGUUUUCUUUGAACUUCUACAAUUUUUUUUCAGUCGGUAGUAGAAUCUUAGGAUCAUGCCAUACCAGGCAUCCCAGUGCUACACUCAAUACAGUUAUAGGUGGAGAUGUUUCAAUAGAGUUCAUCUUUCUCUCAUCUGUGUCAUUAGUCAUUUCAUUGUAGUUUGCUUGUAAGAAGAGGAUGAAAGAGUAAAAAAGAGGCUGCCAGGAUGCUGCAUCAGAGGAAAUUAGUGAUGUGCACAAACACAUACACACUUACACAGACAUACACAAUCGUACAGACACACGCGCACACUCACUCACACCCACACACCAAAGUAUAAAUCUGUCAGAGCGUCACAUCAGUGUCAGUAGAGCUCAUUUAACCGAGAUAGAAGACCACAACAUCAACCUACAGUCACCCAUCAUCUGUUGGACAGACUAAGUUAUACACCAUGUACUUAGCUUCCAACCUCUACACUGUAAUGGUGUUGUGUGGGGUGGUAAUGACGAUGUUUGGGGCCGAGGCUGCCCCCCAUGCUCCCCCACUGGGGGACAAGACAGUGACGUUGGUUCUGGACUCCAAGAUCAUUCUUCCAAGUCAUCCUGUCAGACCCCUCCAUGACCACUCAAUCUCCCCAUGGACUUACAACACUACCCAUUACAAGGAUCUCUAUCCGCCCACUAUCCAUCAAGCUCAUUGUUCACUCAACGGCUGUCUGGACAAGGAGGGACGUGAGAACCUCACCUUUGAGUCCAAACCCAUUCUGCACCAGAUCCUGGUCCUACGCAGGGUAUUGGGGACCAUCGGAGUCAACUACCGCUACCGCCUGGAGACCAUGGUGAUCCCUGUGGGUUGUACCUGCGUCAAUCCAAGCAUCAAGGUCCAACAGUAGGCUGAAAGCGAAUACACCCUGACCCUGUUGGUCAUAUAUGGAAUGAAUUUUAGGUUAAUUUAUUCUAAUGUUGGAAUUUUUCUGGGGCUUCACAGAUCAACUGUGGACCAGAAUACAGGUAUUCUGAACUCAAGUACAAUAGGUAGUAUAAUGACAAAAUUAUUUAAUACUAAGAAUGCAUCUAUAACGUUUGGGAGCGUUCUAUGGUUUUUAAUUUGCUUUGUGAACUGUCCUAAACACCCUGUAUUUGUGGGUUAUUUUUGUUAAUUUAUUUGUAUUCAUUAUUUGUACAAAGUAAAGAUGAACUUGAACAAAUGAAAUCUUUACUUUCUAACCCAAAACAAUAAUGUAUUGUGUAAUAAUUGUUUGUAUUUAUUAAUGGGCUAUUUAAGUUGUAUUCAUA